UUUGUGCGGACAGACCGUCAGAAACAGGAGGAGAUAACUGAAAAGGAGCGACUCCGGCGACCGACUGCAGCUGCUCCGGGAAGCGCCGCGGGAAUAAAGUGGCGAAAUCCUGUCCGUGUUAAUGAGGAGAGAGAAAGCAUCGCCAACAGAUAAGACGACGGUGGAGGGAAAACCGAGUCGGUGAAAUAAAUGUGUGCAUGAGAAGGAAAUACUCCGAAAAAUCCAAGGAAGGGGGUGUUUUGCGGAGACAGAGGAGAGGCGGAAGAGCGCUGUAUUUUAUAACAACGAGGAAAAACCUGCGAAAAAGGGAAACAGCAACAUGAAAAAUCAGUAUGUGUCCAUCGCGGAGGAAGGAAAGAGCCCGCAUAGACAAUUAUAUAAAUAAAUUGCUGCCGGGCAGAAGGGAGAGGUGGAAAUAAAGACGGGUUUAAAGAGAAGGGAAAAAUUGCCAGGAUCAACACGAAGGGGGGGCAUUCUCCAUCACAAAGAGUCAAUGAGAGGAUUUUGUCAGCCCAAAUUUUUUUUAGGGGGGUGUCAACAUUAGGGUGCCGAUGUGAAGCUUUCCGCUUCCGAAAUAGCCAUAAUUUUCUCAGCGAUCUGCCAUCAAUUUUUAUCACAUUUUCGCCUGUCGCCGUAGUUGUGCCCUGAUCUUUCGUUUUCUCUUCACUUGCAUUGCCAAGGCGUCCUAUAAACAGUGAGUGACAGGUAUAUUUUUAGGGUUAUUUGCCAUUAUCUGAGAUUUCAAGUGUUAAAAACCAAGUGGAACCCGGAGGAGGAACCUCUUCUGGAGCACAAGAUAAGUAUCCCCACAGAUCGUCCUCUGCAAAAUAAAAGUAAUUGGAUCAAUCUGACUGCCCGCUGAUUGGUAAUUCGCGCUGUGAUUGCCCUUAAGAACUAUUCUGUCAAAGAAAUGAAGUCUGCAUCAGAGUCGAUUGCACAAGAGGAGUGAUUUUUUUUUUUUUUUGGGGGGGGGGGGGGGGUGUAACAAGAUUUUCUAUUUUCAACCUUUGCCAGUCCUGCUGACUGCAAUAGGCAUAUACGCUCAAAAAAAGGUUGCAACAACCAAAUGUGCAAUACGAGUCGGUUCUUUCUGACCCAGUGCCUUGCAUGGUCAAACACUAAGUGCACAUUUUAGUCAGCAUGCAAAAGAAAACUCAUGCAUGGGAAUAUACAUCCGCAGUAGAUUUUCAUUUUAUCUGAGGGAAUCCAAUGUGCAUCUCUCUGCAGAGCUGUUUAGUUAGUUACUGUUGAGCCAAUGCAAGUUGUUUUUCUCAGUAUUAACACUUGAGAGUACCAUUUGCGCUUAAAUUGUAUUGUCAAACUACUGCUGGUGGUCUCCACUCACCGGUUGGCUGCCUUUUGGGUUUGGAAACGUGAAGGAAUCGGUUGUGCAUUGGCAUCAGGGAGAUGUUUGGUUAGGUGAGAGAAAUGGUAAAUGUAAGCGAGGAUCUCAGAACUGUUGCAUGAGAGAUCGGCCUCCAGAAGUUGACACGGGAAUACUCCUGGCUUGUGUUUUUUGGACCACAAUUCCCAUUUUCGUGCCCUGAAAGAGACUCCACUGGAGCGUUUUACCUGAAAUACAGGAUUUCUCCGCCGACAAUGGCGGACAGGACUGAGUGCAGCACGGAGGACGGAUCUUGGGACAGUUUUUGUGUCGCAGAAGAGGCUACAUGAGGUUGUCAGAGGGCCGCACGCUUGCCUUUUUUGCCGACUCCACCUUCCCACCUCCUCCUGUUCAAAUCUGUGAAGAAACAAAAUCUCCGACAGGGGAGGGGGACUGAUAUCUACAGAGAGGAAUAAACCGAGAGGGAGAACUGUGGGGGAAAGAGUUCAACAUUGCUCUCUUCUCCCCUACCGUCCCCCGAGCGGUGGGGGACCGAUCAGAAGCAUUCUUACCGGGAUAAGGAGACGCAAAUAAGGGAAAUACGUUUGCCCUCCGUGGAUCUACAGCAAUUGUUUUAUCCGUCAAAAAUAUGGCCGAUAAUGUCCUGGAGUCCGGCCCGCCUUCAGCCAAGAGGCCCAAGCUGUCCUCUCCGGCUCUCUCUGUGUCUGCCAGUGAUGGAAAUGAUUUUGGUUCGCUCUUUGACCUGGAGCAUGACCUCCCAGAUGAGCUCAUCAAUUCGUCUGAUCUGGGGCUGACCAAUGGAGGGGAUGUCGGCCAACUCCAUACCAGUCUUGUGGGGCUCGGAGGGGGGAUCGGUUUGGGAGGCCAAGAUGCUGCUGCGAAACACAAACAACUGUCAGAGCUCUUGCGCGCUGGGGCACCAGCACAGCAGGGUGGCCCUCCUUCCAACAGCACAGCACCUGGGGCUUCCUUGGGGAUGAUGGGGGGUGUCAAUGUGUCCCCUGGUGGACCUCAAGGCAUGUCCUCUCAGGGUCAGCAGCAACCUGGAUUAAUGCAGCAGGUUGGGAUGGUUGGAGGAGUGGCAGCACUCAAUCGGGCAGCUGCCAUGAUGGGUGCCCAGAAGGGCAACACUGGACAGCAGCAGCAAGGCCUGAUGGGGGGACAGGUGAUGAAUGGCUCACCGAGAAUGGGUUACCCUAGCAGUGCAGGCAUGGGUAACAGUAGUAAUUUGUUGGCGGAAACCCUACAGCAGCAGCAGCAGCAGGGUGGUCAGCAAAUGGGACAGGCAGGCAUGAGACCACAGCAACCCGGAGCACUGAACAAGAUGAAUAUGAUGGCCAAUGCGGGCCCCUAUGGUGGUCCGUACGGCCAGUCUGCUGGCCAGGGGCUGCCUGGAGCAGGGCUGGGCCCACAGCUCCAGAAUAAGGCGGGCCUGCCCAACAGUAUGGCCACCCAGUUCAACAUGGACAAGAAGGCCUCACCGGGCCAAGGCAUGCCUGGGAUGAAGUCUCAGCAGCAGCCCGGGGGAGUUGGUGGUGGAUCCAUCGGCGGGGCAGCAGCAGUGGGAGGGGCCCAGGUCGGCCUCGGUGCCGUAGGGGCGGGUCCCGGCACAGCGCCCCCUACCGCAGACCCUGAGAAACGGAAGCUGAUUCAACAGCAGCUGGUCCUCUUGCUGCACGCACACAAGUGCCAGCGUAGGGAGCAGGCGAAUGGCGAAGUGCGGCAGUGCAACCUGCCCCACUGCCGCACCAUGAAGAACGUGCUCAACCACAUGACUCAUUGCCAGGCUGGCAAGUCCUGCCAGGUGGCACACUGUGCCUCAUCCAGACAGAUCAUCUCUCAUUGGAAGAACUGCACACGGCACGACUGUCCCGUAUGCUUGCCGCUGAAAAACGCUGGAGACAAGCGGAAUCAGCAGUCUUCUGUUAACAGUGCAGGGGUUGGACUGGUGAACUCUUUAGGUUCAGGGGUGCCUGGUGGACAGACCAACACUCCGAACCUGAACCCUCCCAACCAGAUUGACCCCAGCUCUAUAGAGAGGGCCUACGCUGCACUAGGCCUCACUUACCAGGGCAACCAGAUGACACCGCAGCAAACACAGGCCACCAUGCCAAACCAGGGGCUGCAGGGCCAGCCCGGGAUGAGGACUCUGAACACCAUGGGAGGAAACUCUAUGGGAGUAAAUGGUGGAGUGGGUGUGCAAUCCACCAACCAGCAGUCUAACCUACUGCCAAACGCGAUGUUACACAGCAGCAUGAAUGCACAGAGCUUGAUGAAUGAUGGUGUGGGGAACCUGAGCUCCAUGCCCACGGCAACUCCUCCUUCUGCUGCAGGCAUGAGAAAGUCUUGGCAUGAAGACAUCACACAGGACCUUCGCAACCACCUUGUCCACAAGCUUUUGUGCAUGUGUGAGAGCAGCGUGCAGGCCAUCUUCCCCACUCCUGAUCCAGCUGCACUGAAGGAUCGGCGGAUGGAGAAUCUGGUGGCUUAUGCUCGUAAAGUAGAGGGAGACAUGUAUGAGUCAGCCAACAGUAGGGCGGAGUACUACCACCUGCUGGCAGAGAAGAUCUACAAGAUCCAAAAGGAGCUGGAGGAAAAGAGGAGGACACGACUCCAGAAGCAGGGCAUGAUGCCGGGACAACCUGGCCUACCCUCCCCAGGCCUAGCCUCCCCAGGACUCCCGCAAGGGCCUCCCAGCAUGGGACAACCACCCAUGGCCCCAGGGCAAUCCCCAAAUGGUCCUCACGCCGAUCCGUCCAUGGUCCGACCAGCUGGACCCAAUCAGAUGGUCAACAGGAUGCAGAACCCAGGAGGAAUGAACCAGUUUGGUCAGAUGGGGAUGCAGACGAUGGGUCAGAGGUCAACACCUCCUCUUCCUCUUAAUGCUCCACUGAACCAGAUGGGAAUGGGAGCAACAAGGAUGGGUCAGCCCAAUGCCACACAGUUACAGAACCAGUAUCUCCCUCCAGGCCAGUUUCCCGGGUCCAGUCCUGGACGUGGUUCUGGUUCUGUUGGCAUGAACCAGCCAGGAGCACAGACUGCUGUGCCAUCGCAGAACCAGAUGUCCACGCCGCCUUCGCUGCCAGCCAGCAGCCCUGCAGCACAGUCUGCCUCUUGUGCUCCUGGCUCCGGAGCCCCUGUAGUCUCCAUGGGGUCUGGUAGUGCAAGUGGCGCUGGGCCUCUACCCAACCUGCCUCCAUCCUCGACCUCCACCCAGCCCAACUCGUACCCUCACUGCCCACCCAUCCGAACAAACUCCCCCUCACCAGCACGCAGCUUAACGCCUCAACCGCAUCAAACGCCCCCCACGUUACCUCGUUCUCAGACCCCACAGCCACAGACUCCCAGCACACCUCAGCUGCCCCCUCCACAGCACCCACAGCAACAACAAAAACAACAACACCAACAAGCUUCACAACAGCCGCCGCCAACAGGACAGGCGGUGAACUCUGAAAAGCCCAAUCAUCUUCCGCAGCAGACGCUUGGGGGUGUGGCUGUCUCAGGCCCCCAAGCAGGUCAGGCUUCUUCGGAGCCUGCCCAGAAUGCUCAUGUGCCAUUGCAGCGGCCGCAGACCCCACUGUCUCCAAAGCCUUCUCUAACAGCGGAUGGUCAGGUGUCCUCUCCAGCCUCGGUCAGCAGCAGCACCGACCCCAGCUCCCAGCUCACCCAGGCGGACGGUCCUGCUCCCAGCCAGGAAGAUGUCAAAAUGGAGGUGAAGAAGCAGGAGGAAGAGGACGAGGGGGCUGAGAGCCAAGGAGAGGGCAAGGGGAAGAUGGGCAAGGGUCUGCUUGACUUGAAGACAGAAGAGAAACCAGAGAUAAAGAAAGAGAAGCCGUCAGGAGAUGGGUGUAAAGGCGAGCCCAUGGAUACAUCUACCUCCUCUGUGUCAUCGUCAGUAGCAACAGGUGAAGACAAGAAACCUGAGGUGAAGAAGGAGCCCAAAGAGGAAGAGGAGGGCUCAGGGUCAUCAGCCUCCAACAGCUCCCCAGCCAGCGCUCAGAGCAAGAAGAAAAUCUUUAAGCCGGAGGAGCUGCGUCAGGCUCUGAUGCCCACCCUGGAAGCUUUGUACCGGCAGGACCCUGAGUCCCUUCCCUUCCGUCAGCCGGUGGACCCCCAGUUACUGGGAAUACCCGUACGUAUUCGAACUAGUAACAAAACUAACCUGGACUACUUUGACAUCGUGAAGAACCCCAUGGACCUGUCGACCAUCAAGCGGAAGCUGGACACUGGGCAAUACCAAGAGCCUUGGCAGUACGUUGAGGAUAUCUGGCUGAUGUUCAACAAUGCCUGGCUGUACAACCGCAAGACGUCCCGCGUCUAUAAGUACUGCUCUAAGCUGGCUGAGGUGUUUGAGUCGGAGAUCGAUCCUGUCAUGCAGGGCCUCGGAUACUGUUGUGGGAGGAAGUAUGAGUUUUCGCCCCAAACUCUCUGCUGCUAUGGAAAACAAUUGUGCACCAUCCAACGUGACGCUGCUUAUUUUAGCUACCAGAACAGUUCACCAAAAUAUGGGCUUCUUGCUGACAGGUACCACUUCUGUGAGAAGUGUUUCAACGAAAUCCAAGGCGAGUGUGUUUCCCUGGGGGACGACCCCUUGCAGCCUCAGACGUCCAUCAACAAAGACCAGUUCCAACGAAAGAAGAACGACACGCUUGACCCCGAGUUACUUGUGGAAUGUAUUGACUGCGGUCGUAAAAUGCACCAGAUCUGUGUCCUGCAUCAUGACACCAUAUGGCCGUCGGGCUUUGUAUGUGACAACUGCCUCAAAAAGGCCAAUAAGACGCGGAAAGAGAACAAAUACGCGGCCAAAAGACUUCCUCAGACCAAGUUGGGGAGCUUUUUGGAGUCACGAGUGAACGACUACCUCAAGCGGGUGCAUAGCCACCUUGAAACUGGCGAGGUCACUAUCCGUGUGGUCCACGUCUCAGACAAGGUGGUGGAGGUCAAGCCAGGCAUGAAGUCCAGGUUUGUUGACAGUGGAGAGAUGUCUGAGUCCUUCCCCUACAGGAUGAAAGCCCUGUUUGCAUUUGAGGACAUCGACGGAGCAGAUGUGUGUUUUUUCGGCAUGCACGUUCAAGAGUACGGCUCGGACUGCCCGCCUCCCAAUCAGAGACGAGUUUACAUCUCUUACCUGGACAGCGUGCACUUCUUCCAACCUCGACACCUCAGGACUGUCGUCUACCAUGAGAUCCUGCUGGGCUACCUGGAGUAUGUCAAGAGGCAGGGGUUUACAACGGGCCAUAUCUGGGCCUGUCCACCCAGUGAAGGGGAUGAUUACAUCUUCCAUUGUCACCCAACGGACCAGAAGAUCCCCAAGCCAAAGCGCCUGCAGGAGUGGUACAAAAAGAUGCUAGACAAGGCUGUUUCUGAGCGUAUUGUCCAUGAUUACAAAGACAUCUUCAAGCAGGCAACAGAGGACCGGCUGACCAGUGCCAAGGAGCUGCCGUACUUUGAGGGCGACUUCUGGCCCAACGUGCUGGAGGAGAGUAUCAAGGAGCUGGAGCAGGAGGAAGAGGAGAGGAAGAGGGAGGAGAACAGCACCUCCAACGAGAGCACAGAUGCCACAAAAGGAGACAGCAAGAACGCCAAAAAGAAGAACAAUAAAAAGACAAGCAAGAACAAGACCAGCAUGAGUCGCGCCAAUAAGAAGAAACCAGGGAUGCCCAAUGUUUCCAAUGACCUUUCCCAGAAGCUCUACGCCACCAUGGAGAAACAUAAGGAGGUCUUCUUUGUCAUCCGCCUCAUUGCUGGUCCCACCGCCAACUCGCUGCCGCCCAUCACUGACCCGGAUCCCCUGAUGGCCUGUGACCUGAUGGACGGCCGCGAUGCCUUCCUGACUCUGGCCAGGGACAAGCACCUGGAGUUCAGCUCCCUGAGGAGGUCUAGGUGGAGCUCCAUGUGUAUGUUGGUGGAGCUGCACAACCAAAGCCAGGACCGCUUCGUCUACACCUGCAAUGAGUGUAAACACCAUGUGGAGACCCGCUUCCACUGCACUGUCUGCGAGGACUAUGACUUGUGCAUCACCUGCUAUAACACUAAAGGUCAUGAGCACAAGAUGGAUAAGCUGGGGCUCGGACUGGACGACGACAGCAACAACCCGGCAGCAGCAGCUACCCAGAGCCCUGGAGACUCUCGCCGGCUCAGCAUCCAGCGAUGUAUCCAGUCGCUGGUCCACGCAUGCCAGUGCCGCAACGCCAACUGCUCCCUGCCGUCCUGCCAGAAAAUGAAGCGUGUUGUUCAGCACACAAAAGGCUGCAAGCGCAAGACAAAUGGCGGCUGUCCCAUCUGCAAGCAGCUCAUUGCUCUGUGCUGCUACCAUGCCAAACACUGUCAGGAGAACAAAUGUCCAGUCCCGUUUUGUCUGAACAUCAAGCAAAAGCUUCGGCAGCAGCAGCUGCAGCACAGGCUCCAGCAGGCCCAGAUGUUGAGGAGAAGGAUGGCCAGCAUGCAGAGGGUGGGGCAGCAAGCCGGAGGGCCAGCAGGAGGACCUGUAGGACUUCCUUCACCAGGCAACAAUGGUACCACAGCACCCAGUACCCCAACUUCUGGUGGUACCCAACCCCCAACACCCCAAACCCCGACUCAGACCAUGCCUCCAGUCCCCCAGCAAGGAAUGGGCCCUGGAUCUGGAGUCCAGCAGCAACAGCAGCCAGGUGGGAUGCCCCCUCAAAGUGGCAUGCCUCCUCAGCACCCCCUUCACCACCAGUUCCAGCAGAUGGCAGGUGGAGGAGGCGGGGCUGGGGGGAUAAUGAGCUCUCCCCAACAUCAGCAGCAGAUGCAUCCUCAGGUCCAGCAGCAACAGCAAAGUGGAGCAGGGACCAACCUUCAACAGCUCCAACAGCAUCCAAACAAUUUGCCUCCAUAUGCCAGCAGACCCCCGGGCUCCUCCCCAAUCCAUCAGUCCCAGGGCAAACCGGUCCUUGGCUCUGCAACGCCUCCCCAGCAGCACCCUGGUGGCGCUGUCAUGGCUGGAAGUGUUGGGGGCAAACACCCUCCCAGCCAGCCCCCAGGCCAGCCUUCCCUUCUACAGCAGCAACAACACCCCUCUUCUGGCCCUCCACCGGCAGCAGUAGAAAUUGCUAUGAAGAUCCAACAGGUAGCCGAUGCUCAGAGGAAGAUGGCUUUACAGAGACAAGCAGCCCAGGCAGCUGCAGGCAUGAUGCCACCUCAUCAUCAACAGGGCCAAGGUCAACAGAUGGGCAUGGGACACCAAGGGGCAGUAGGGAUGGUUGUUUCCCAGAGCAUGCCACCACAGACCCAAGCAGCAGUGGCGGCUGCUCGGGCCCACAUGGAUCAACAACAAGGUGCUCCACCAGGGAUGAUGGUUGGUGCUGGUGGGCCCAUGCAGCAACCCCCUCAGCAGGGUAACCUGCCCCAGGGCCAGCUCCCCCCUCAGGUACAGCUUCAACAACAGAGGAUGGGUGCGCCACUUCAAAACCCCCAACAGCAGCAACAACAGUGGGCAGGCCAGGGGAUGCCACCUCAGCAGAGGCAAGCUAUGAUGAACCAAAUGGGCCAUCCAACAAUGAUGGCAGCUCAACAACAGCAGCAGCAAAUGCAACAACAGCAGCAGCACCAACAAGCUCAGGGCCAUGCUGCCUUGAUGAAUAUGGCACAGCAGCAGCAAGGUGCUGGUGGCGGUCCAGGGGGGCCUGUCCCUGGAGUUACCGGUGUCCCAGGGGUUGGAGCUGCUGGUGGGAACAUUCCCCAGGCAGCCCUCCAGGAGCUGUUAAGGACACUUCGCUCACCCAGCUCACCACUCCAGCAACAGCAAGUCCUCAACAUCUUGCGGUCAAACCCACAGCUCAUGGCUGCUUUUAUCAAGCAGAGAGCCUCAAAAUACAAGGGGGGGCCAGUUGGACCAGGUGGUGUCCCUGGAGGACCCGGUCCCACAGGGGGUCCUGUUGGUAAUGUCAUGCCAGGAGGCGGCCCACAGGUGAACAUUAAUGCUGCAGGUGCCAGCCAGCCAGGUAUGCACAUGGGAGGCCAGGGAGGGACGAAUGUAAACAUGGCCACUAUUGCCCAGCUGCAGCAAGUGCAGCAGCAGCAACAGCAGCAACAACAACAACAACAGCAGCUACAGCAGCAGCAGUUACAACAGCAGCAGCAGCAGCAGCAGCAGCAACAACAACAGCUACAACAGCAACAGUUACAACAGCAGCAGAGGCCGAUGCUGAACAGUUUACAACAACAGCAAGUGGCAGCUCUCCAGCAGCAACAACAGCAGCAACAAGGGGUAGGAAGAGGUAUGCAGGGCCAGGGGACGCAGAUGGCAAAUCUCAAUCCCCAGUUUAGAGAGCUGCUCAUGAGACGGCAUCUCCAGCAGCAGCAGCAACAACAACAGCAACAACAACAGCAACAACAACAGCAACAGCAGCAAAUGGGAGUAAAUCAUGGUCAGUUCCAGCAGCCACAGCCUCCACAGGGGCAGGGUUACAUGGGACAGCCUGGGAUGCAGCCUCAGGGCCCACCUGGAGGUCCACCUCUUGGCCCUCAGCACCCUCAGCAGCCUGGUGGUCCCCCAGGCCAGCAGGGGCAAGGUUACCCGGGGUCAGUGGCCCAGCAGCAGGUCACAGCUGCACUCCAGCAGAGGCUCCAGCACCAGCACCACCUUCAGAUGCAGCAGCAGAAUGCCAUGGCUGGCCUCCCAGGUGGGGAUGCAGGGCCAGGUGGAGGAGGUGUAGGAGGUCCUCAGCAGCCACCUCAGGGCUCUCAGCCCACUCAGAGUGGCCCCCCACCUCAAUCUUCUCAGGUUCUGCUCCAACAGGCCCUCCACCAGAGACUGCUCCAGCAGCAGCAGCAGCAGCAGCAGCAGCAGCAGCAGCAGCAGCAGCAGCAGCAUCUGGGCCCUGGCGGGUCACCAGCCCAGCACAGCAAUCCCAUGAGCCCUCAGCAGCCGCAGCAGAUGGCCCAGUCGCCACACCCACAUCUGCAGGGUCAGACGCUGCCCACAUCGCUGGCUAACCAGGUGCGAUCCCCACAGCCUUCACCCAGACCUCAGUCGCAGCCACCACACUCCAGCCCGUCCCCGCGCAUGCAGCCCCAGCCCUCGCCACAUCACAUCUCCCCCCAGAUGCAGACAGGUUCCCCACACCCUGGCCACCUGAACCAGCACCACCCGGGUAUGGUCCCUCCACAACAACAGCAACAGCCAUCGACCCAGCAGCAGCAACAGAACUCUAUGGACCAGUUUGGGUCGGACCAGAGUGCCAUGCUAUCUCAGUUGAGUGGCAUGGCUGGUCUUCACGGGCCAGGGGGGAGCGGUCAAGACCCGCUGGGCCAGAAUAUGAAUCACAACCCUUUAGACAUCAUGUAGGAAUUCUACUUAAUGUGUCAAGUUGAGCUGAAACGCUUUGUGAUUCUUCGCACAAACUGCACUCACCCAGGACAGUGUUACUGUUAUUACUUAGCCUUUCUUUUUUAUACUAUUAUUAAAUGUUAUUUAAAAUGUUUUCAAUAAAGAUGCAUUGAACUGAACUUCCUAUGGGAGAUGAACAAUAAAUCAAGCAGUUGUUAAAUAAAGAGUAAAUGUAA